UCGCUUUAUAUAUAUUUACCUUUGCUUUGCUUGGAGUUGUUACCAAACACAAAACUCAUCUCUCUUCUUUCAUACUAAGCUUAUUUUAAACUCCUUUUUCUCUGCACUACUACUUCUUCUUCUUGUUCCCCAGUUGGAAUUGUGGGGUAUUUUGAUCUCCCUUUGUUGUUGCAUGAAUGGAUCCUUCAACCAGACAACACCAGGAGAUGUCUAACCCUUCAUUGGAAAACAUGUCGGUUAACUCAAAAGGACAACAAGAGAGAAAACCAAGGCCACAACAGGAACAAGCACUCAAGUGCCCAAGAUGUGAAUCCACCAACACCAAAUUCUGCUAUUACAACAACUACAGCCUUUCUCAGCCAAGGUAUUUUUGCAAGUCAUGCAGGAGGUAUUGGACCAAAGGAGGUACAUUGAGAAACGUUCCAGUGGGUGGUGGGUGCAGGAAGAACAAAAGAUCAUCAUCAUCAAAAAGAAGCCAAGAUCAACCAGUAACACCCAAUACCAACCAAUUCAUCACUACCCACCUCCCACCUUUGAAUUAUGAUACAAAUGACCUAAGCCUUGCCUUUGCUAGGCUCCAAAAACAACCUAGUUUUCCAUUAGGGUUUGAUGAUCCUGGAAACCCUAGCAAUCCCGCCAUUUUUGAUACACUCAGAAACAGUUUCAUGGGAAACCAGAACAACCUCCAGAAUUUUUACUAUGGGUUUGGAAAUGACAAUUUCGCCGGAGAGGUUGAAAACAUUGGGUUCAACGGCGGACUUAUGGUGCCGUACAAUAACGAUGAAAUGAGUACUGCAAGCACAGUUACCACAAUGAAGCAAGAACUUUCCAUGGCUGACUUUGAUUCUGGAAGAGGAAGCUGGAACGGCGGCUUCAAUUCAUCUUGGCAUGGAAUGAUUAAUAGCCCUCUAAUGUAAUUUUAACAUGUUUUCCGUUAGUCUUUUUUUUUAAAUGUCCGAAAGCAGCAUAUUUCAGUAGUUUUUUUUUUGUAGUUGUGUACUUAGGAGGGAGAUUUGAUUCAUGAGAAUCAUCAGUAAUUCCCAUGUUCUUUUUCAUUAUUAGUACUGCCAUUUUCAUUCUAUUAUUGGUUGAUAAGCUAAUGAUUUCCAAAUUUGUUUGCUAACCAAUUAAGGGAAUUUUGCAGACCAUGUUAGAGAAAAAGAGUGAGAGAGAUGUUUCAUGGUUUGUCUG